CCACAAGCAUCUAACUCUGUUGAACCAUCACCGCAAUCUGCACUAGCAAGAACGGAAACAUCUCUGUCAACGCCUUCGCAAACCGCAUCAAUGACCAAGACCGCGAAAUUGAAGUCUCUUGCGAACUUGCCCGUGCUAGGCCCAGGUGAUCACAUCGCUGAGGGCGACUCUCGAAUUGUACAUGACCUGAUCCCGUCAGAGUAUUGCCACCCAGCCGACCCUUUGAAACCUCUCGCAGAUACAAUCUUCCAGCAGCUUUACAGUGAGGUUCGAUGGCAAAAGAUGUUGCAUCAGCAAGGAGAGGUGCCUCGUCUUGUGUGCUGCCAGGGCGAGUUCGGUGACGGUGGAUCAAAGCCUGUAUAUCGCCAUCCUGCAGACCAGACACUACCUCUGCUUCACUUCUCGCCGAAUGUCCAGUGGAUCAGAAGGGCGGCCGAGAAGCUUGUUGGACACCCACUCAACCACGUCCUCAUUCAACUGUACAGAAGCGGCAACGACUACAUAUCAGAGCAUUCAGACAAAACGCUCGAUAUUGCCAAAGGCUCAUCAAUCAUAAACGUAAGCUUCGGCGCGCAAAGAACAAUGCGCCUGCGCACCAAGAGAGACUCCAAGGCCAAGGCAAAUGGCGACGAAGACGCCCAACGUGAGACCCAGCGCGUGGCCAUGCCGCACAAUUCUAUGUUCGUGCUUGGCUUAAAGAGUAACGAAAAAUGGCUCCAUGGCAUCAUGGCAGACAAACGCAACGAAGCCGAGCGCAGCGAACUCGAGACAGCCUAUUUAGGAGCUCGCAUCAGCCUGACCUUCCGCCACAUUGCCACUUUCCUUGACGCAAAAGAGACUGCUAUUUGGGGUCAAGGCGCAACAUCAAAAGAUCAGCGCGGCGCAGCUGAUGUCGUUAACAAUGACGAAGCAGAAGCCGAGCGCAUGAUCCGUGCCUUCAGCCGUGAAAACCACAGCAACGAGUUCAACUGGGAUCAAUGGUACGGCGAUGGCUUCGACGUCUUACACUUGCACGAACCGCCCGAACAACUUCCAAUCCUAUUCGCAAGCAACAACGCACUUGAGACGAAACAGAUCCAACUCGCGCUCUGGGAGAGCAAGAUCAACCACGCUUUGCUCGAAGCACCAGGCCUCGACAAAGAACACGGUGCGGGACAGAAAAUCAUGUUCCGCGACAACGACACACACUUCACCGAGGUCUCAGGCCUGUCGUCGAUACUCCACUAUCUCGAUCGCUACCACUCUUUCUGUUCAGACAGACCAGUCACAGCAGCAUCUUACUUCCUGCUCUCCCUUCUCUCCCAGGUCCCAGACUUCUUCUCCAAUCGCACAGCAAACCCAGCACCACCAAGAAUAAGCACAGAGAUGCUGGAUCUCUCAACCAUACUGCACAUUCUGUCUGGGCAGCUCAAAGACCAUGGCGGUCCAUUUAUAGCGGGGAAACGGUUCAGCAUUGCGGACUGUAUUGUUUGGCCGGUGUUGAAUGAGUGUGUGGACAGUUGGGUGGAUUGGGAUGAGUCGGAGUGGCUGGAGUUGGCGGAGUACUACAAAGCGACGUGGAAGAAGAAGGCGUGUUUGAAGAAGCUGAGAGGUGAACUGCUUGUGGCUAGGAAGAAGGCUUGAUGUGAGAGAUGGCGUUG